AGAACUCCUGCACUUCAAACUUGAAGCAAUCUACAGUCAGAAACUUUGGUGUUUUAAUAGUCCAAGAGAUCAGAACCUCUUCAGUCACAACUCUGACAGCUGUGCAAGAGGACAUCUUUGAUCCUUCAAGCCAGGCUUCAGUUUCACUUGACUCCUCUUUUUAGUCUUUGAGCAUUGCCCGUUACCCAAUUAUAAUUGCUGUUAAAAAUCAUAAUUGUGUUUUGUGUGCAGAUGAGUGAAACAGAUAAAUAUGUAAAAGUGGCCUUAUGGUAAAAAGGAUUAUUUACAUUACUGAUAUCAAAAUCAGUAUGUUCUCUCCCAGCCUUAGAAGUUGCAGUCUUGCAGUUGACUAGUGUGAAAAUACUAGUAGAAAUAGUGAGUUUUUUAGGCAGGCAGCACCAGUAUUUUUAUUACCAUUUUGUUUAAGCAAGACAAUUGUAAACACUGCAUUCUGUUUUAUAGUACAGGCUUCAUGGACAUUUCCAGAUUCUCUUUGUAGUCUUAGUUUCUGAAUCCUGAAUUCUGAAGUUUUACUGUGCGUGUUUAAAUAUAGCAUAAUUGAAACCUUCUUUUGAAGACUGGAAUGAAGCCAAAUGGAUAUUCCGUCUUCAUUAGUUUGCUUUAAGAUUACUUGAAUGACAUCUGUCCAUCUAGGUAUAUAUUCUUAGUGAAGAAUGAACUUUCCUGAGCUGAAUUCAUUGUAGGGUUUUUUUUAGUACCACUUUCUAUGAUAGACCUGAAAAUAAAGAUGUAAGACUGGAUGCCUAUCCUGGUGCUUUACUUAUAUCAUACACCAUCUCUAUUGCCCACUUACUAUGUUUGAGCUAAGCUGAAAAAUUCCAUGUGCUGUCAAUUUAAACUUGAAGAUGUGCAGCAUCUUGUGUAUUUUAGUCUCUGGUGUUAAUUUCUUCUGCAAAUUUAGCCCAUUUUCUAAAUAUUAAUCAAAAUUUUGUUUUGGUUGCUAAAGGUUGCAAUCUGCCUUGCUCAUUUAACAAAUCAUUCUCCAAUGCCUGAAUUUACAAACUGGGGAAAAAAUACAUAUAUUUUUAAUAAAAAUUAAAGUAGUAGCAGUUGUGGUUUCAAGACGGUGUAUUCUUGGUUUCCUUCUAUUUUUAACCAAAAGGCAUUCAUUCAUCAGUAUACCAAAAUAUCCUUUAAGCAAGAAGCACUUGACUGUAUGCUUUGAUCUUAUUUCAGCUCUGCAGAAAAUCUUAUGUUUGGAAUUUUUGUAACCAGUUUCAGUGUUCCCAAAGCUUUACUGAUAUUUUCUUGCAGUGGUACAAGAUGUAUCCUAUGUAAAGCAUCCUCUUGUGGAUCCUUGCAGUUGUGAAAUAGGCACUCACGCUGUAUUUCUUGUUAUCACGUGUUUGGCUCUAGGUUCUCAGAAAGGAGCAAUCAUUCUUUGUGUUGAAGUCCCAUCGCUUCUCUCUUGUUUUCCUGUUGUGUUUAUGAAUGCUCUGGUAUUACUCUGGUAAAACCAUCAGAAGCCGUUGUCUCCUAAUGUUACCUUUCUUGUAUCUUCACUUUGCUGGAAUGUGGAUCUGAAAAGAUUGAGAUACUGACAAAAUGUGAAGGAACCUCUGUGUUCCUAACUGAAACUAUUAAACGGACAGAUACUGUUUGCUAGUGUAGUGAUAAGUAAUACCAUAAAUGGACUUGCAGCUCAGAAAAAAAGAAAAUAAAAAAUGAGGAAAUGUCUUCUUCACAAACUAGAUUAAAAAGUGGUUUCUUAAAAUCUAGCAAACAGCAUCAUAGGGUAGUGAAACUGGAAAUGACCUUUUUCUCAAACUGCUGGAGCUUUAAAACUUCUCAGACUCAUUUUGCAUCAAAAGACUAUUUACUUCAGCAGAAUUUUAUCCUGAUUUAUUUUGGGUAGGCAAGGACGGAACAUGAAGCCACAAUAUUUUCUUCUGUUCUUCUCUUGUUUCAAACAUCUGCUGUUAGACAGUAAGAAUUUCCAUCUUUGAGAUACCAGUAGUUCUUGAAUACAAUACCUGCAUCAAGCCAUCUGGAGUGUUCACUUACAGUUCUGGAGAAUGAGAGUUCCUCUAAGCAUGUUUUGCAAUAUUUAGAUGGUUUUGCCAAGUAGGUAAGUCAGCAGAUAGCAGAUCCUAGCCUGAAUAGGAACUUACAAAAGUUAGGAAUCAUUUUCCUUAAAAUCGUCUUACAAAAGAUUUAUAGGAUAUUAGAUUUAAAGAAACAGGGUUUGCAGGUCAGUGUAUUUAGCUUGUUGAAUACAUUGCUGAACCAACCAGCAUUUCAUGAAUUACUUUUAAAAUCAGGUCUGUCUUCUAUGGAAGUAAUUCAGUAAAUAAUUUUUCAGUAUUAACAAAGAACUCACAGUUUUUAUAACACACUUGCAGUCUUUCUGGAUUUUCUUCAUCCAGACAACAUAUAUAAUAUAGUUUAUAUAAGUAUAAAACAAAAACAAAGCCAGAAGAUACAAAAGGGGAAGGGGAAUGUAAGUGGAUAACACAGGAGAUCUACAUCAUUUGAAAGCAGUUCUUUAGUAAUGAUACCAGGUUCAUUAUUGUAAGAAAGGAUUGUAAACAAUAAUUACUAUCAUGUAAGUCUCCUGCAAUAGAUUUAUUGAGGUGUUUAACCUGUGUAACUUUGAAAUCCCACAUUGUUCCCAAAUAGUGCAGUUAGAUACUAGUGACAACUAAGGAAGUUUUCAAAACGCUUCCACAAAAUAGUCAGAAAUUAUGGCUUUAUUUUAGACCAAGUGAUCUUUACAACACUUUGAAAAUACUAUCUGUACCUAAAGUUACUUUUACUUUUAAAAUAAUGAAGCAGUUGAAGUGACUCUGAAAUGAAAGGUGUCCUUUAAAUGAUACUCAUAUUGGUGUUGAAACAUCCUUUAAAUAACUGUGAGCUCUGAAUGAAAGAGCUGAGCAACACAGAAGUGGCAUGUACCUUAUUUAAAACAACCAAACCAGUCACUGCAAGCUAGACAGAUGUAGUUGGCAGCCAAAUUCCUGGCUCCAUCUUCACCAGUAAUGAGAAUAAAAAGCAAAUUUCUGGAAAUAAUUCAGUAAUAAUGGUCUAAGGAAUGUGAUGUAAAAUACCAACUAUAUAGCUUGAUGUUUCUGCGCUUGUCAUAUUUGUCAAAAUGCUUAAACAUCUCUCUUACUGCUGUGGAAGAUUGCAGUUGUUGAUACAUGUCUGCUGUAAGGAUGAUGAUCAUAUUUGAAGGAAAGCAAGGAUAAUACGAUCUUGCAAGAAAAUUUUCAAGUCCUUUCAAACAUAAGUUUACUGGCUUUGGUGGUGGUAUUUUGGGGGUUGGGUUUUUUUUGGUUUAGAUUCCUAUCUUUUUUUUUUUAAUACUAGUCUGAAAAAAUCCUGUUAGUAGGAUUUUGGGGCAGGUUACAGAAAUACAAUGAGGUUAUGAUAGUCUCUUGGACUACUGCAAAAGGCAAAAAGGUCAAAAAAAAAUUUCUCGGGAAGAUUAUACCAUGUCGUAAGGCUGGGGAUGGAUGUAAAGCUACAAAGAAACUCAGUUACCAGGUUUAUGGUAGGCUGUGGUAGAUGUGAUGAUUGGUUUCAUGGUGAUUGUGUUGGACUGAGUCUUUCUCAAGCGCAGCAGAUGGGUGAAGAAGAUAAAGAAUAUGUGUGUGUGAAAUGCUGUGCUGAAGAAGACAAAAAAAUGGAGUGUUUUGAUCAAAGUGUACCAGAUACUCAAGUGAAACUUGAAAUCCAUAGAGAAGACAAAGCAAUGGAGUGUGAAAAACUGGGCAUGUCGAAGCAAACACCUACUUGUAAUCUAAAUGUACCAACUGAAAAAACAAAGCAAACAGAGGAUGCUGGGAAGCACAAAGUCAAAAUCUUCAGACGGGAAUCUGGUGAUGGGAAGAACUUGUCAGACUCCAGAGACUUGGAUACUAAAAAAGGGCAACAUGUUCCUGCUCGAAAAGGAUCACAAACUGCUGUAAUUCCUCGGCGGUCCCCUGAAGAUAAAAAUGAAAAAAUAAGUAAAGAAUCCCUUAGUGUGGUUGAAAGGUCCACAAAAUCAGGUGUUCAUGAGAAACAAGAAAUUAAGAAAAAGAAAAAUGAGAAAGGAUCCAUUAGUGCAACACACCUGCCAGCUGUGCCAGCUUCCAAACCUUCUGCUGAUCAGAUAAGACAAAGUGUCAAGCAGUCUCUUAAGGAAAUUCUGAUGAAAAGAUUGACAGACUCCAGUUUAAAGAUUCCUGAGGAGAGAGCAGCAAAAGUUGCCACAAGGAUUGAAAGAGAGCUGUUUUCUUUUUUUCGGGACACUGACUCAAAGUAUAAGAACAAAUACAGAAGUUUAAUGUUCAAUCUAAAAGAUCCUAAAAAUAAUAUAUUAUUUAAGAAAGUACUGAAAGGAGAGGUUACUCCAGACCAUCUAAUAAAAAUGAGCCCAGAAGAACUGGCUUCCAAAGAACUGGCUGCUUGGAGACAGAGAGAAAACAGACACACAAUUGAAAUGAUCGAGAAAGAACAGAGGGAAGUUGAAAGAAGACCUAUCACAAAAAUUACUCACAAAGGAGAAAUAGAAAUUGAAAGUGAAACACCAAUAAAAGAACAAGAAGAAGUCAUGGAAAUUCAGGAACCUAAUGUGAAGUUGUUUGAGAAGUCAGAGGAAGCUGACAAAGAUAAAGAAGUAAAUGAAUCUGCAUCUCCGGACACCACAAGUCAACAUAAAAAUCAUCUCUUUGAUCUUAACUGCAAAAUCUGCAUAGGCCGAAUGGCACCACCUACUGAUGAUCUUUCUGCGAAAAAAGUGAAAGUGUCCGUUGGAGUUGCACGGAAGCAGUCGGACAAUGAAGCAGAGAGCAUUGCAGACGCGCUUUCUUCAACAUCAAGUAUUUUAGCUUCAGAAUUACUGGAAGAUGAUAAGCAAGAUUCAUCAAAAUCGUCAUUCACACCUCUCCCAAAGUCAGAAACACCUGGUACCGUGGAAUGUGAAAGUCUGUUUCUGGCACGCCUGAAUUUCAUCUGGAAGGGUUUUAUCAAUAUGCCUUCAGUGGCAAAGUUUGUUAUUAAGGCUUAUCCAGUUUCUGGCUCUUUUGAGUAUUUAACGGAGGAUUUGCCUGAUAGUAUUCAAGUAGGUGGCAGGAUAUCACCUCACACCGUCUGGGAGUAUGUAGAAAAAAUCAAAGCUUCAGGGACCAAGGAGAUCUGUGUAGUUCGCUUUACCCCAGUAACUGAAGAGGAUCAGAUAUCCUAUGCGUUGUUGUUUGCCUAUUUCAGCAGUAGAAAACGUUACGGUGUAGCGGCCAAUAACAUGAAGCAAGUGAAAGAUUUGUACCUCAUCCCUUUAGGUUCCUCAGAUAAAGUCCCACAUCAUCUUGUGCCUUUUGAUGGGCCUGGGAUUGAAAUACAUCGACCAAAUUUAUUACUGGGAUUGAUAAUUCGCCAGAAAAUGAAGAGGCAGAUUACUGCUGUUGCAAGUGUUACUAGUAGUUUCGUGGAUGAAGCUUCUGAAAGUACCUUGAGUAACUUGCCACCCGAGAAGAAAAGCAAGCCAAACAAACCUGAAGUCUCUCAUCAUGAGUUGGCACUAGAAGAAGAAGAAGAAAAUGAUUUUUUUAAUUCCUUCACAACUGUGCUACACAAGCAGAGAAAUAAACCUCAGCAAUCUAAUAUAGAAGACGUUCCAGCAGUUAUCGAACCAUUGGUGGAGAGUACCAAACACGAGCCACCGAAGCCUCUCAGAUUUCUUCCUGGAGUCCUGGUUGGAUGGGAGAAUCAGCCUUCUACUCUGGAGCUAGCAAAUAAACCAUUGCCAGUGGAUGAUAUUCUUCAAAGCCUGUUGGGUACGACAGGGCAGGCGUAUGAACACAGCAAGUCAGAAGUGAGUCCCAGUGAAGACAUACCAUUAUUAAAUGAGCAGGCGACCCUAAGAGAAGAAAACAUGGAUGUUGCUGAUGUAACUACUGAAGGUAGUGAAGCAAAGACUGGUUUGGAUGAUCUACAAGAAUCCACUAAUGCUACUGUAACUGUGGAUGCAGCAGCUGUAGGGACCUCAGGUUCUGCGAGAAGUGCUGCAUCUUUGAUAGGGCUGAGUCUUAAGGGGAAACCUCCAGAUGUCUCCACAGAAGCAUUUUUAGCAAAUUUAUCUGCUCAGUCACAGAAUAAAGAAACCGAAGAAAGUAAAGAAAAUGACCCAAAGCGGCAGUUAACCGACAAAGAUAACGUUGCACAGGAAGUUAGAAGGACCACAAAUUCCAGCUUUUCUUCUUCCUCAUCAAAUGCAGGGAAAAAACCCAAUGAGAACAACGUUAACAUAGGCUCUGCUGAAGGUACCACAGCUAAUACCUCUAAAUCACCACCAUUUAUUAACCUUAAGAGAGACCCACGACAGGCAGCCGGACGAAGCCAGCAGACUAAUGCUUCGGAAAACAAGGAAGGAGACGUUAGCAGAAACGAAGACCGACAGAAUGCUUCAGGAAAUGAUCAAAUGGAACCAGAGAAUAAACAGUCUUCUGGAGAAGUGGGCUUAAACCUGUAUCAAGGUGAUGCGCAAACCAGCGAGAUGCAGUACAGUUCAGCUGCAGCAAAAGCAGAUAACACGGUCGCAUCACAAGCGGAAGAUACCAAACACUCACAGGAAGAUGCACUGAUGCAAAACAUUGAAACAGUGAACUCCUUUAGAAGAGGACCAGCAGCAACGUCAUCUCAUUUUGAAACCGAAAACGCUUCUCGUUCUGAAUUUAUUUCCAAAGUCCCAAGCCCUAUUCCAAGUGGCAGCUUCUCCUCUGUUAGACCUCCGCAGCAGAAUUUUCAGCAUCCUAAAUCUAAUCCACCUGGAUUUCAAUUUCAGGCUCCUGCACCUCAUAACUUCCCUCCACAAAACAACCCGAUGUUUGGAUUUCCUCCUCAUUUACCACCUCCGCUUCUCCCUCCUCCUGGCUUUGGCUUUCCUCAAAACCCAAUGAUGCCAUGGCCACCAGUAGCUCAUUUAUCAGGUCAGCCACCACACUACGCUGGACCCAUUGCACAAGGGCUACCAGUGGCACACAAACAAUCAAGAUUUUUGGGGCCAGAAAAUUUUUUUCAGAGUAAAGACAGUAGGAGACCGGAAAGACGCCACAGCGAUCCUUGGGGCAGACAAGAACAGCAUUUGGAGAGAGGGUUCAGUAGAGGAAAAAAUGAUCAACAUCGACAAAGAUUUUACAGUGAAUCCCAUCACCAAAAGAAAGACAGACAUGAAAAAGAGUGGAACAACGAAAAAUACUGGGAGCAAGAUUCUGAAAGAAAUAGACGCAGAGACAGAAACCAGGAAAAAGAGAGAGAGAGGAAGAGUAGAGAGGAAGGACAGAGAGACAAAGAAAGAUUGCGAUCUCCACACAGUGAUAGGGCUGCUGAUGGAAAAAGCCCCAGAGAGACUAGAAAUCCAGAAAAAAAGACCGAGAAGCCUAAAAGUGAAGAACAGGCUCAUGAAAAAGAUAAGGAGAGGGAGAAAAGUAAAGAGAAGCAUAGAGAACGAGAAAGUGAAAAGAACAGAGAGAGACAUAGGGACCACAGUGACAGAACUAAAAGCAAAAGGUAAAAAGAUGCAGGCAGUCUUUUAAAAUCCUAUUUAAAUAAACUGUUAGAGUAAUGUCGUAAAACUUUGUAUAAAAAGAAAAAAAAAAGCCUGCUAGGAUUGUGCCAUCUUUUUUAUUCAGUGUUGGUGUUUUGCAGAAACAAGUCUGUGUUUUGGUACCACUCGGUGUACCAAUACUCAUCCUUUUUUUCAUUAUACCAACUAUCGCUAGAAGUAGGAGUUUAAUAUUUUUAAAAAUUUUACAUUGCUGUAUAUUCAAAAUUUUAAAGAUUUCUUUUAUUAAUAUGCAAUAAAGGCUUAGAAAUUUUCUUAGCUGAUGAGGUUGGCUUUAGUCAAGUCUGCAAUAUAGUUGCUGCCUUUGGUAAUUUGUGCUCUCUUCUGUUUUAAGAUGCUCUGAUAAUUUUAAAGGUGAAUUUCAUACAAUAACCUUCUUUUUAAAUUGCACUGUUUUUAAAGACUGUAGCAAAGCCUCAGAAUCCACACACAUUGCAACAAAAUAUAAUAUGCUCGGUGGUGUGAAGAGUUUUUUUAAAUUAUUCAGUAGUACAAUAAAAUAAUUCAAGUGUAUUUCAUUAGCUUUUCAAGUAUUUCCUAAGCAUCUGAAGCAGUUUGUGACCAGAAAUUGGAAGGCUGAGCUGCUCGAAUGUUAUUGCUUUAAACUGCACUUGUUUUAAUAAGAAAGCAUUUUUAACCUAAAUUCUUGAAAAUAUGAUUUGUAGUAGUAAAUUCAUUUCUCCCACCAUUUUCCAUGCUUCAAAAACUUGAAUACCUAAGCUUGUACAUUACUUUGUGUUUUGCUAUCCUUUUUACUGUAAAAUGUAAAUAUUUUAAGGGAUAUUUUGAUUCUAAAAUGAUAAAACUUUCUCACAUACUGUGUGCGUUUGAUUUCGUAGGUGUGAAACUGUAGGCUAAAUGAAUAUAGCAGGCUGAGUUUCCGAAUGCCACAUUUGUUGUACACUUCAUGGCUCAGUCGUUUUGAGUUUUGGGGGGUGACGAGGAGGGUGAAGGGCAGAAGGGUGUUUCUACCAUUGGGACUUCUAGUCAACUUGUAUUUUGUAGUGUCUACCAUCCACUGAUGCAAAACAAAAAACCAAGAAAAACGCAAACCUGAAAACAAACUAAAAUCUCCUGCUCUGAUACUUCUUAAAAUACACUGGUCAUUUUGCUGACUCUGUCAGAAACAACAAAAAUAUUCCACCAUAUAAAGAAAAAUUUACAUUUA